GGGAGAGGGGCGGAGCGCGCGCGGGGGGAGCCCCGCCCCACGCCCUGCCAACGGCCGUCGGCGGGCAGCGUCCGGCCGCGGCAUGAGGCCGAGGUUGAUAAUGCUCGUAAGCCAGAGGUGAAAGUGUCUCAGCCGAGCAACACUGGGAAAUCUGGCAGACUGGAAGAGAACAGCUGCCCCCCAGGGCAGCUGCCGCGUGUGAAGCAUGGAGGAAAGUAAGAACGAGAAGGUGAACCAGGCUCAUGUUCUCUUCGACAGAUUUGUCCAGGCUUCAACAUGCAAGGGGACUCUCAAGGCUUUCCAGGAGCUCUGUGACUACCUAGAACUAAAGCCCAAGGACUAUCGUUCUUUCUAUCACAAACUCAAGUCCAAGCUAAAUUACUGGAAAGCCAAAGCCUUGUGGGCCAAAUUGGAUAAGAGGGGCAGCCAUAAGGACUAUAAGAAGGGGAAAGCAUGCGCCAACACAAAGUGUCUGAUAAUUGGGGCUGGACCUUGUGGCCUUCGCACAGCCAUCGACCUGUCAUUCCUAGGAGCCAAGGUGGUGGUCAUAGAAAAGAGGGAUGCCUUUUCCCGCAAUAAUGUCCUGCACUUGUGGCCAUUCACAAUACAUGACUUGAGGGGUCUUGGCGCCAAGAAGUUUUAUGGCAAAUUCUGUGCAGGAUCCAUAGACCAUAUCAGUAUCCGUCAACUCCAGCUUAUCCUUUUGAAGGUUGCCUUGAUCUUGGGAAUAGAGAUCCAUGUCAAUGUGGAAUUUCAGGGGCUUGUUUACCCUCCAGAGGAUCAGGAAAAUGAAAGAAUAGGUUGGCGUGCAUUGGUCCAUCCAAAAACCCAUCCAGUAUCAGAGUAUGAAUUUGAAGUAAUCAUUGGAGGGGAUGGCAGGAGGAACACCUUAGAAGGGUUUCGCCGAAAAGAGUUCCGUGGUAAACUAGCGAUUGCUAUCACAGCAAACUUCAUCAAUCGCAACACCACAGCUGAAGCCAAAGUAGAAGAGAUCAGUGGUGUGGCGUUCAUAUUCAACCAGAAGUUCUUCCAGGAUCUACGAGAAGCCACAGGCAUUGACUUGGAGAACAUUGUCUACUAUAAAGAUGAUACACACUACUUUGUCAUGACUGCCAAAAAGCAGAGCCUGCUGGAUAAAGGUGUAAUACGGCAUGAUUAUGCUGAUACGGAGUUACUACUCUCUCGGGAGAAUGUGGACCAGGAGGCUUUGCUAAACUAUGCCAGAGAAGCAGCUGACUUCUCUACUAAUCAGCAGCUGCCUUCACUAGACUUUGCCAUCAAUCACUACGGGCAGCCAGAUGUGGCAAUGUUUGACUUCACGUGCAUGUACGCAUCAGAGAAUGCAGCUCUGGUGCGAGAGCAGAAUGGCCACCAGCUACUUGUGGCACUGGUUGGGGACAGUCUCUUAGAGCCAUUUUGGCCAAUGGGAACUGGAAUAGCCAGGGGAUUUUUGGCUGCAAUGGACUCUGCUUGGAUGGUACGAAGUUGGUCACUCGGAGCAAGUCCUUUGGAAGUUCUUGCAGAGAGGGAAAGCAUUUAUAGGCUACUGCCUCAGACGACCCCUGAGAAUGUGAGUAAAAACUUCAGCCAUUAUAGCAUUGAUCCAGCCACCCGGUAUCCCAAUAUCAAUGUCAACUUCUUGCGGCCACAGCAGGUACGCCACUUGUAUAAUACAGGAGACUUGAAAGACAUUCACCUGGAAAUAGAGAACUUUGUGAACUCCAGGACACCAAAGCUGACUCGGAAUGAGUCUGUAGCUCGCUCUAGCAAAUUGCUCAAUUGGUGCCAGAGGCAGACAGAUGGGUACGCUGGUGUAAAUGUUACAGAUCUCACGAUGUCAUGGAAAAGUGGCUUAGCUUUGUGUGCCAUUAUCCACAGAUACCGUCCAGACUUAAUAGACUUUGAUUCUUUGGAUGAACACAAUGUGGAGAAGAAUAACCAGCUGGCCUUUGACAUUGCUGAAAAAGAGUUUGGAAUAUCUCCCAUUAUGACUGGAAAGGAAAUGGCAUCUGUUGGUGAACCAGAUAAACUGUCGAUGGUGAUGUACCUCACACAGUUCUAUGAGAUGUUCAAAGACACCAUCCCCUCUAGUGAUAGUGUGGACCUGAAUGCAGAAGAAAAAGCUGCCCUAAUUGCCAGUACCAAAUCUCCUAUCUCUUUUCUCAGUAAACUGGGACAAAGCAUCUCUCGGAAACGUACUCCAAAGGACAAAAAAGAAAAGGAACUGGAUGGUGCAGGAAAGAGGAGGAAAACCAGCCAAUCUGAGGAUGAGGACGUCCCUCGAAGCUACAGAGAAGAAAGACCUACAUUGGUGAGUGCCCUGACGGAGAGGAGAAUUGAUGCUGCCAUUGGGAAUCAGAACAAAGUCAAGUCCAUGGCAACCCAGCUACUGGCCAAGUUUGAGGAGAAUGCACCAGUGCAGUCCUCAACCUUACGAAGACAGCAACCUGUCCUGCCUUAUCAAGAACGUGUUCACAACCAACCAUCCAGCAGACGAGAGCAGGGCCGUCUAGCUCCCAUGCCCCAGUGGAAACAGAUGAGGAGUAAGGAACGUUGUCGGACCUGCCCCAAAAAAGUGAUCAUGCUCUCUUCUUCCACUCCACCUUCCUCUCCACCGUAUCCCAGGCAGCAGAGAAACAGGGAACCUGGUGCUGACUAUCUUGGGGAGCAGAGUCCCAGACAAGGAAGGAGAUCUCCUCGUUUUUUUUCUGAUGACCAAGUGCCUGAGAAUGUUGAACAAAGGGCAUGUCAGCUGGCUGCCCUCCUGGAGUCCAGGCCUGCCGUGAGGCAUCAGCCUGAGACUGAACCGUCUCGUCGAUUCUUUGUUGACCAGUGGGAGCUCUCCCUUAGCCUCCGUUCUUCUAAUCGCCCUUCUUCACCUUCAUCUGACUCUCUUCGACAGAAGUACAUAAAGAUGUACACAGGCGGCGUGAGCUCAUUAGCUGAGCAGAUAGCCAAUCAGCUUCAAAGGAAAGAGCAACCCAAAACCCUUCUAGACAAGAAGGAACUGGGCUCACUCAAAAAGGAGUUCCCCCAAAACCUGGGAGGCAGUGAUGUCUGUUACUUCUGCCACAAGCGAGUCUACGUGAUGGAGAGGCUGAGUGCUGAAGGCAAGUUCUUCCACCGCAGUUGCUUCAAGUGUGAAUACUGUGCCACCACUCUGCGAUUGUCAUCUUACGCCUAUGAUAUUGAAGAUGGUAAAUUCUACUGUAAGCCUCACUACUGUUACCGACUCUCCGGUUAUGCUCAAAGGAAGAGGCCAGCAGUGUCAGGAAAGGAUACCAAAGGACCUCUGCAGGACACUAUGGCAAGUGAUGGAAGUGGACGGGCAAAUUCCAUCUCCGCCUCAGCAGAGAGGGCCCCAGGUUCUAAUGUAAAUGGGCUGGAAGAGCCCAGCCUCGCUAAGCGGUUGCGUGGCACGCCUGAGCGAAUUGAGCUGGAGAAUUACCGACUGUCACUGCAGCGGGAAGAAGAACUGGAAGAGGUUCCUGAAGAGACGCUAGCAGAGCAUAACCUGAGCAGUGUGUUGGACAAAGGAACAGAAGAGGAUGUGCCCAGCAGUAGUUCAGAGUCUGAGAUGGAGGAGGAAGAUGAAGAUGAAGAUGAACUGCUGCUGCCUCAGCAACCUCCUUCAGACUUGGGUGGUGUGCCAUGGAAAGAGGCUGUGCGCAUCCAUGCCCUCCUGAAGGGAAAGAGUGAAGAAGAGAUUGAGGCUGAGGAGAAUCAUGAGAUUGAGUACAAAGAAGAAGAGGAGGAGGAGGACGACGAGGAGUAUGAAGAGGAGGAAGAGGAGGAAGAGGAAGAGUCUAGUGAAGCAUCCGACCUUCCCUCCGUACGCCAUGAGGCGGUACAGGCGUGGCUGGAGACGGUCCCUGGAGCUCCAUGUGAGGAUAAUGAUGUGGAGGAUGAGCUGGGCACAGAGCCUGCAGACACAGAAGGGCAGGCAGGUGAAGAGGGAGACACGGGUGCAGAGCUGGAUGACGAUGACAUCCCAUCUGAUGCAGAAGCCGAGUUCCGCUUACAUCAAGGUGACACAGAACAGCCAGGACUAAAAGUCUCUGAAGACGAAGAAGAUGAAGAAGGAGCAGAAGGUACUUCUUGCAGUGCGACAGAAGAUCCAUGCAAGCCACCCAUCCCUAUCCAGUCAGCUAGUGACAAUGUUCUUCCUCUGUCUCCAGCAGAUAGUCCCAAAGCAAAACAAGUAGAGAAUGUAACAGAUCCCCUGGCUGCAGUAUCCUGUGCAAUAAAAUCUCCAGAGGCACGCUUCUUUCCUGAGCCUUUCCUUCUUGAGGAAGGACCAAAAGAUGAAAUUCCCAAAGACAGGAAAGCUAAAAGCCCUUUGGUGCCACUCUCUCCAGUGUUAUCACAGCCGGCUGCAUCACCAGAAGCCAUUGCACCUACAUCUCCAGCAGAAUCUCAGCCAGCAGCACCAACACAGGCUUCAUCCCCAACAUCUUCUCAAACACCUAUCUGUUCCCAGCCUUUGCCUUCUUCUGAAACCUCUAUUCCAUCCCCAGUGGAACCUCCAGUGUGUUUCCAGCCUGUCCCAGCCUUAACGUCUACUCCUCUAGCCAAACUGGUUCUUAGGAGUCAGGAUAGUGAAGUGGAAAAACUGGGGAGCCCUACUACUGCAGAAGAAGCUCUGAAACGUAGUAACCUCGUGGAAGAGUUCUGGAUGAAGAGUGCUGAAAUCCGGAGAAGCUUAGGACUCACCCCAGUAGACAGAAACAAACGCUCAGAGUCAAACUUUACUGUACCUGCCCUUGAGACAACUCCCCUGAAGGCUUUUAAUAGCGAGAGUAUUUCAGGGGAUGAAAGGAUGCAUCUUGUGAAGCCCCAGCCUGCCCCAAGAAGGCAGGGACUGUCCAAGUUAGAAAACGAGCAGAUUUCUCUGCUCACUCCAAAAUCUCCAUCAGAAAAAGAACUGAGGAGUUCCAAUGAAGUAAAGAGAGAUGUAUCCAGCAGUUCAGGACUUGGCCUCCAGGAGAGCUCAUCUAACAUGAGAACUUUGGCUAGCCAGAGCUUCAACACUUCUGACUCUACCAUGCUUACUCCUCCAUCAAGUCCACCACCACCACCUCCUCAAAAUGAAGAACCUGCCACUUUGCGUAGAAAGAGGCAUCAAGCAGUUUGGCAGAAUGAGGCCGAAUCCAAGUCACCUCCAACACCAGCAUCAACGCCUCCUGUUGCCCCAUGCCAUGAGCCAACUUCUGCUGUCAAAGAGUCAACCCAGGCCAAAAAAGAUGACGUGAGGAAGUCUUUUGCAGAGAGUGUGGAUGAGAUUCCAUUUGCUGAUGAUGUAGAGGACACAUAUGAUGACAGGACAGAAGACACAAGCCUUCAGGAGAAGUUCUUUACCCCUCCUACGAGUAGGCCAAGGCCAGAGAAACCACUUGUUUUGCCACUGGUCAAAGAAAAUGGUGGUCUGCCCUCAUUGGAAGGAGGGGUUAACCAAAAGAAGAGAGCAUUGCCUGAAAUUUCUGCAGAGGCCAAGGAGCUUGCUGAAGAAAGAAUGAGAGCCAGAGAGAAGUCUGUCAAGAGCCAAGCACUACGUGAUGCCAUGGCUAAACAGUUAUGUAAGAUGAAAGAUAUGGAGAUGGCUGCAGCUGCUGCUGGGUCCACAAGGUCACGAAAGGCAUCUUCUAUGCCUUUGAAGACCAAAGAGUUGUUUUAUGACUCUCCAAAACAUUUGGCCUUGAAAAUAGCAGAGGGGUCCAUGCUCAAGCAUGACGCUGCUAGUGAGAAGUUCUCCACUCCUGCUGCUGACGUGGCUGGACCUGAAGGUUCUGUCACCUCUUCAGAGGGCUCCAGUGGGAAGAGUAAGAAAAGAACUUCUCUUUUCUCCCCUCGUAAGAACAAAAAGGAGAAGAAAUCCAAAAAUGACAGCAGGCUUUCUGACAAAUCUAGUGGUGGGACAGAGGAAACAACAAAAUCCAGGUCUUUAUGGAAGUCUGUUUUCUCUGGGUAUAAGAAAGACAAGAAGAAAAAGGCUGAUGACAAAUCAUGCCCAAGUACUCCCUCAAGUAGUGCUACUGUGGAUUCUGGCAAGCACAAAGCUUCUCCAUUGGUUACAGCUGCAGAUUUGCAGCUCCGUCGGCACCUGAGUUUUUCGGAGGACUCUGACCUCUCCAGUGACGAUGUUCUGGAACGCUCCUCCCAGAAAUCCAAGCGAGAGUCGAUUUAUGUACCACACGCCUUGGCAUUCAAGAGAUCAUAUUCGUCAAAGAGAGCCUACACAGAAGAAGAGCUGAAUGCUAAGCUGACUCGGCGAGUACAGAAAGCUGCUCGCAGACAAGCCAAGCAAGAAGAGCUAAAGAGGUUACAUAGAGCUCAGAUCAUCCAGCGGCAGCUUGAACAAGUAGAAGAGAAGCAGAGACAACUGGAGGAGAGAGGGGUUGCUGUGGAGAAGGCCCUUCGGGGAGAAGCAGACUAUUGGGGAGAGUCUUAUUACAGUGACCUCAUCGACUUGCAUCUGGGUGGCAUGGGAAAGAAGGAUGAUCCCAAGUUGAUGCAGGAGUGGUUCAAGCUGGUGCAGGAAAAGAACGCCUUGGUUCGCUACGAGUCCGAACUGAUGAUAUUUGCUCGGGAGCUAGAACUAGAAGACAGGCAGAGUCGAUUACAGCAGGAACUCCGGGAGAGGAUGGCAGUGGAAGAUCAUCUAAAGACAGAUGAGGAGCUCUCAGAGGAGAAGAGGAUCCUGAACGAGAUGCUAGAAGUAGUGGAGCAGAGAGAUUCUCUCGUGGCUCUCCUCGAGGAACAACGGCUUCGAGAAAAAGAGGAAGACAAGGACCUGGAGGCAGUCAUGCUCUCCAAAGGUUUUAGCUUGAACUGGUCCUGAGCUUGACACAUUUACCUCUGCUGGUCUGCGUUGUCCGGUUGGCCUACCCUGAGUUCGCCAGAAUUACAUGGAUAGGAAGAUGCUGAAGGGGAAAUCUCCAAAGGGUCUGCCAGCAUGCAGUGAUUCGGUUUGAAGCACUCAGAAGCCUUUUGAUAAGUGCGUUGGUUCCAGAAGCUUAAGUUUUACAUGUCUACAAGCCAAGUUGAAGAUAAUGAGUUGAGUUUGUGGAGUCUCCUCAAGGGUCCUAUAUGAUGGGCCUCAUUUUUUUUUGUGUGGUAGGAGGGAGAGGAAUAAUCCAUGUGUGGGGAAGGAGGUUAAGGGAAGAAGUACCCUUAACUAAUCUGGAUUUAUGGCAGUCCAUUCCUUUCCCAUUUUUACUACACCAGUUCUAAUAAAAGGGAGGGAAGUGGCAACCCUCUCUGGAAAACCACAGCAGCCUGUAGCAGCCUGUGUGGUGGAGUCAACUAUCCAGAAGAGCUCCAGAAGCCCAGGGCAGUACCUUCUUUGCUUCAGUCUUCCUCCCCACCAAAGAAACCUGCAGUUGGCCACGAUGCAUGGAUAUGAGGAAAUACGAGACAGAGAAGACACUACUAGCAUUUGUGAUGGAACUCUCUGCCUCCCAGUUUUUAAAGAGAUUUGGGCAUCAGAGGACUCGCUCCCUAUCAUAGUCUCCUAAAUCUUUAUUGUUGGGGAAGAAAGGGGAGAAGAAGAGGGAGGGAAGAUGCCCUUCUGCUUUGCUACACACUGGAGAGACAGCUACUGCUGGCCUUAGUCUUCGUGGCCACAGCUCAGAGGCUGUUGGGCUUCUUUGUUCUGUUUUUGUUGCGACUGUUUUGACACUGGAAAAUACGGACUGUGGGACAGUGGUAACUGUGUGCUGGGGCAGGGGUGUUACCAAGCAGCAUUCCCUGGCUGUUAGGCCCCUAAAAGGGAGAAGCCCUUAAGUGACUGAAACCACCAUUAAGACUUUUCAGUGUUUUUAUUUUUUCAUCUGUAUUUUGUUUUUGCACAUUGGAAACGAAGCUUAAGUCCUGCCUGGGCCCUCAGUCACUUUGACCCUUUUAUGUCAAUUAACUUAUUUUUUUAAUACUUGAAAGAAGAUUCAUUUUUGUAUCUUUUAGGAAAAAAAAUGGACGAGUGAUGGUUGUGUGUGCCUGCUGCAUCCUACAACUUCCACUUCUAAAUUACUGGAUGUUGUUACCUGUGGCUAUUUAUUAGUGUUCUUAUUAAUAAUUUUAAUGUUACACAUAUUUGAGUGUGGAGGGAGUGUUUUAACUCUGUUAGAGGAAGACACUACAGUGGAUUGUUCCCGGCUUCACAGCAAGGGCAGCCUUUGUGGACCCCAUGGAUGUAUCCUGCCCUAGCAGAUUUCCUUUAUGACAAAAUCCUGUGCUCUCAUGGAGUUGUAAGAAUCUAUUUUGUGCUCCUAGCAUACUUUUCUUCUGCAUCCCAGAAUCCCUCUGUUGGACUAAGAAACCUAUAAUUUAUUUAAAUUUUUAUAACGAGAAAGCCAAAAAUGUGAGGUAGAAAUAUCCCAUAGAUCUCUUUCUCACUGAAAGAUGGGACCCUCACACUCUUGAGAUACAGCUAGAGGGACUUCCAUGAAAACAAAAAUAGCACAUUUCCUGCUGCAGCUGUUGGAAGAAGCUCCUUUUGGCUCAGCUAGCGAAGCUGCUGCUUUUAAGCCAUGAGGGUACUCAUUGUAACCGUACAUUAAGUAACGAGCAGGACAUGCACUAAGCAGUUCAGUACCAUCCACUGUUUUACAGCUUCUCAGAGCACACUACAUCCUUAACUUGUUGCACAGAGCUGAAAUAGCACUGUGUGUUGGCUCUGUGUCCCAUCCUUAACACGAUGUGUUAAGAGGUUGUUCAUUGUGUUUUGAGGUUUGUUUAUUUUUUUGGUUUAUUUACCCUUAAGUUGUUGCCUAUUCUCUUUUCUUUAAAAAAAAAAAAGUACUAAGCCUGCUCACCAGUGUCUUUGCGGAAAUGUCCCAUUCCCAAGCGUAUUCACACAGCAUGCUGGCUCUUUCAGCUUGAAUAUAUGCUGUUGGUGCAAGAUACCCCAGCAGGGCUGAACAUCCUGUAAUCUUUUGUCUCGGGAUAGAAGUUAUCAAGGUUUCUUGCUGUUGACUCUCUACUUUCUUCAGAGAGGUCUUCUGUAAGCCAGCGUCUACAACCUGAAUUCACCUCUGACUGACGAGCGUAUCUCAGGCCAAGCAAGAAUGGGUCGGACUGCCUCCAGGGUCUCUGAGCAGGGCUGGCCGUUAGCUGUGGAAACGUAUUUUAUCACCUCAGGAGUUUCCCCUUUGCCCCCUCUACUGUUUUCUACUAAGGCCUUACAAAUUAAACCCAAAUGCUCAUGAAACAAAGCAGAUAGGCAGCUGCACUGCUAAGGUUAACUAGGCGUGCUAGAAUGUGGUGCCUGCUCUACCGGCAUCACGGGACAAAAUUCUUCAGGAGUGCUGGCCUGCCAGCGGGAUGGCCAGCAAACAGUUGUCCCUCUUUGUCAGUGCAGAGGCCAGCAGUGGAAGCCACAUUGGUAAUGGGAGUUUACAGUCUGCUUUUGAGGGGCCAGUGGAAACUGGAGAGGGAAGAAAGAGGGAAAUGAGAUAGUUUACAAUAAACUGUCUUGCACAGAGAAUUGGCCUCAGUCCAUUUUAUAGUGCAUUAUGUAUAAGGACCACAUCUAACUUUUAACAAAAGAUCACUGAAUGUGAGCUGUAGAGCAGAAAGAAAUCCUAAAGAAGAAAUACCAGAUUACUGCUUUUCCCUUUUCAUGCUGGAGGACACUGACUAGAUUUUUGCAGUGCUUAAGAGUGAUAUCACUUGAGGGUGUAAUGCUCUCCUGCAGGGGAAGACCACCUUUUCUAAAACUGAACUCUUUAGGUUAUGCUAAAGUCCUCCAGCACUGAGAAUAAAAAUGAAAACCUAACAUUGCACACACAAAUGAAUCGAAAAUACAUGAAAGGGAAUCUUAAAAGGCCUUUUUAUAUCAAAUGGUUGUAAAAGGCACAACUUGUAUUUGCUGUUCAGUUGCACUUUAAGAAUAUAACUUGCAUAUCAGAUACUGGGUUUUUUACUAUCUGAAUAUUUUUAAUUCAAAUUUUAUAUUUUUAAAGCUGAAGAAGGCUCUUGUGACCACAAGAUUCCUUAUUUGUAUCAGAAUCCAAGUCGGAUGUUCUAGCUCCUCGUGCUAUCCACAUGGGCAGCAGCACAUGACUCAGCCAUGUGCACGCAGUGAUGUGCAUCCGUGUUGUGUAUGAGGGAAGAGAAGAGGCCCACAGCUUCGAGCAGGGGGCACGAAGGGGUAUCAGCCUGCAUGCCCCGAUGUGGCGGGGUCCUGGUCCAUACCAGGGCCUGGGCCCUUCCUCCAUGCAGGAGGAGGAGAGCUGAGCUUGGAACCUAACCUGCGUUUGGUUUUAAAUGGGCACGCUGAGGAGGGGGCAAGCACUUCAGUCCCCUAAGGGGAAGGAAAGGGAUAAAGGGAGGGGAUACCUCCUGGAAACACUCGGGAGGCAAAUGGGGAUGGGGGAGUGAGGACUGCCAAAACAACCAAUCUGCUGUUUUCACAGUACUUUUUUUUUUAAACUGUUCUGUUCCUUUUAUCAUCUUUUCAUUAAAACUCACAAAUGGCUGUAAGAUCCUGAGCUUCAGAGAACUAUGCAUGGGGAGAUGAGAAGUAUCUUCCAGCUCCAACUUUCAGUUAACCAAAACCCCAUGGUCUCGCUAGGGCACGUUACAAACCACAUUGCUGAACAUAUUUUAGAGCAAACUGCAAGUUUUAAAAGUCCGUCUUACUCUCUAUCUGUCUCUGCAUUUUAUGUAAAUAUUUGUUUGUAUGUACAGACACCAGUGGGUCCUUGGGUUACCCCUGCGGUCAAGAACCUGAGUUUUGUGCAAAGCCUAGGCCUCUGUUAGAACAACACAGUGCUUGCAUAGACCUAGUCACCACAUUUGUGCGCACUCUGGUGGUUUUUAAUAUUUUUAUACAUCCUAAUCCUGAACAUUAUGAAGUAUUAUAAGUGUUCUAGACUGCAUGAUCUAGAGCAGCCAGCAGUUCCAUUUUCUUAGCAGCUGUUCCUAAAAUGUUCACAGCUACACCUUGUUUGGUUAACAUUCUUUUAAAAUGAGUUUUCAAUUAAAUGUUUACACCAAGCACCAGUGGAUGAGAAAGGUGUUGCAUUAUAAAAUCUCCUGUGUACAAAUUGAAAAGCCACCAUAUGGCUGUAUGGGAAUCUAAAUCAUCACUGUCUGCAAUAAAGAGAACUCUUAAAGCGUACUAAAAACCAGCCUGUAUAUAGUUGACAGAGAGAGAUUGCUUGCUCUUGACUAUUGCAAAAUAACCAAGAUUAGAAGCUUUCCAAAAGCCUCCACUUUUGAAUUGCUCCUGAGUACUGCUGUAGGCAGGGUAGUGGGCAGACAAGGAUGUCACUGAAAGUAGAUGUGAAGGGGAGGAUGCCAAGUUGUGAUGGCAUUGCAGUAAUUUAAAUACUCUCUGUAUCUGUGCGUGCAUGCGUGUGUGUGUGUGUAAAGUCUAUUCCAGGUGAAGGGAUCUGCUUUGGCAUCUUCCCUUUUGAAUGAAAGUAAACUCUGAUAUUCAGAUUGGUUAAGGCUUUUAUGGUUGGCAUUUAUGGAUUGUUAACAGAAAAGCGUAUACCCUACCUGUAAAAAAACAACAAAAAAAACAACAAAAAAAACCCUCUCUGUUCCAGCCUGUUUUCUCCUGUUUGGUUGUGUUUCAUCAUUUGUUUUUAUGCACACUUGCUUCGUUGGUGUUGAGAUUUUAGCACCUCAGAUGGCCAACUGAACUAAAAAAAAAAAAAAUAAAGUCAUUAAUUAUUUUUUCUUUUUGUUGCUG